GCAGCCAUGGUGGCCAAGUAAUUAGAUAAGCGAGCGUGCAAAACAGGAGCAAACCGAUAAAUCGCCAUGGUCUACGGCAGGAGCAUCGCCGUAGGCGUCUGUCUGAUGACCGUCGUCCUUCUGCUGGCCGCCGUGAUAUUCUACUUGAGUCUGGGACCCUGCCCCGCGGCCAGUUUCGCCUGCGACAACGGCACGCUGUGCGUUCCAAGGCGCCAGAUGUGCGACAGUCGGCACGAUUGCGCCGACAGCAGCGACGAGAAUCCGGUGGAGUGCGGCCUCCUCUACGGUAGCAAGGAGAUUGCCGACAAGAUUGUCCGUAAUGCGAUUGAGAAGAAGCAACAGCGCCUUAUCUCCGCCGUUGCGAAUGCGAGCGGUGCGGAUUCAACGACGCCGGUGGUGCCAAGGAAUCAGAGCCCUACCUUAAACAUGACUUGUGAUAUCGUCACAUAUCCGAAGGCCUGUCAGUGCGGCCAGGGAACAAUCCUCUACUGCGGUCGCUAUGCCAAAUUGCGGCGAUUUCCGCGUCUCAGUUCGGAGGUCACCAAUCUGAUCAUCAUACGCAACAAUCUAACCCUGCGCGACAAUAUCUUUGCCAAUUUGACGCGUCUGCAGAAGCUGACGCUUAAGUACAACAACAUAUCACGUGUCCCGCUGGGCAGCUUCAGUGGCCUCUUUCACCUCGAACGCCUGGAGCUGAGCCACAACAACGUUAGCCACCUGCCGCACGGCGUCUUCCUGGGGCUGCACAGCCUCCAGUGGCUGUUCCUGGUGAACAAUCACCUGCACCACCUGCCCAUGGAGCAGCUGCGAUUCUUCAGACGAUUGGAGUGGCUGGUGCUGAGCAGGAAUCGCCUCACCCUGCGAAAUGUGCAGCUGCCGAAAAUCCCGACGCUCUACGAAGUUUAUUUGGAUUUCAAUCGAAUCGAAUACAUUGGCGAGGAAACUUUUUCCCAAUUGGAUAAUUUACAUUUGCUGGAUUUGCAGCACAACCUCAUAACGCACAUCCAUGGACGAGCCUUUGCGAAUCUAACAAAUAUGCGAGAUAUCCGCCUUGUCGGUAAUCCCAUUAAGGAGUUAUCUGGAGAAACAUUCUUGCACAACACUCGACUGGAGGCACUUUCGCUGGCCCUAAUGCCGAUUCACAUCAGCCGCAGUUUGAUGGAGCCGCUGAAUAUCUCGUUUCUGAAUCUCACGGGGAUUCGGUAUGAUCACAUCGACUUCGAGGCCAUCAACUCGAUGCGCAACCUGACGUACAUCAUCUACGAUCGAUUCUUCUACUGCUCGAUGACGCCGCGGGUGAGAAUGUGCAAGCCGUCCACCGAUGGAGUCAGCUCCUUUCAGGAUCUGCUGAGCAAGCCAGUACUACGUUACUCCGCCUGGGUGAUGGCCACGUUGACAAUAGCUGGAAAUGUGUUGGUGCUUUGGGGACGCUUUAUCUACCGCGAUGAGAAUGUGGCUGUGACAAUGGUGAUUCGAAAUCUGGCUCUGGCUGAUAUGCUGAUGGGCUUCUAUUUGGUCACCAUUGGAGUGCAGGACUAUCGCUACCGCAACGAGUAUUAUAAGGUUGUGCUGGAUUGGAUAACCUCGUGGCAGUGCACACUGAUUGGAACGCUGGCCGUGAGCUCUUCGGAGGUUUCGAUGCUCAUACUGGCUUUCAUGUCGCUGGAGCGGUUUCUCUUGAUCGCCGAUCCCUUCCGUGGCCAUCGCAGCAUUGGCAGUCGAGUGAUGUGGCUGGCUUUGAUCUGCAUUUGGAUUACGGGCGUGGGCUUGGCUGUGGCACCGGUGCUACUGUGGCGAACCAGUACCCUACCCUACUACGGAUCCUAUUCCGGAACCUGCUUCCCACUGCACAUCCACGAGGCCUUCCCGAUGGGCUGGCUUUACUCGGCGUUCGUGUUCCUGGGUGUCAAUCUGCUGCUGCUGGUGAUGAUUGCGAUGCUCUACACGGCACUCCUCAUUUCGAUAUGGCGGACGAGGAGCGCCACUCCGCUCACUCUGUUGGAUUGCGAAUUCGCUGUGCGAUUCUUUUUCAUCGUGCUGACCGACUUUCUGUGCUGGGUGCCCAUAAUCGUUAUGAAGAUCUGGGUUUUCUUCAACUACAAUAUCUCCGAUGACAUCUACGCCUGGUUGGUGGUCUUUGUGCUGCCACUUAACUCAGCAGUUAAUCCUCUCUUGUACACCUUCACCACGCCCAAGUAUCGAAAUCAAAUCUUUCUGCGCGGCUGGAAGAAAAUCACUUCUAGAAAACGAGCGGAGGCUGGCAAUGGAAAUGUGGCCACCACAACGACGGGCACGGCAACUGGAUCUUCUCAGCAUCCGGAUGACUCCACGACCUUGGCCAAAGCCAUGCCAUUAGCCCUAACGCUGUCGAACUGAAGGAUUCUAGUG